AUGCAGAACAUUAAGGAUGUAAACGAAAAGGGGUUUACAAACUUGAGACUUCGAUGUGGUGCAGAUUUGUAUUCAUACAACUACCCUGCGGUCAACUUCACUUGGUUUCUUGGUAAUCUGACGACCAUUGUCGACGACUGUCUGAAACACAAGGUUAUUCAGAUAAUCUCAUGGAUUCAUCACGAGGCAGAGGUCUGUGCAGCUGAAAACGACUACAUGGCUUAUGUAAAUUGGUGGACGGCAGUGGCACAGCAGUUAAAAGACAGGGACUUUAAACUGAGUUUUAAUCUCUUUACAGAGCUUGGAAUAGGCACUUGUCCGAAAACUAACAACAGUGACGAGAGCCUUCGCAAAAGGAACGACAAAUACACCCGAUGGACUAAAGAUGCGAUAUAUGCGAUCCGUCAGGCGGGUGGCAAGAAUGCUAAGCGAAUACUGAUUCUGGGGUCGCCGGGAAAAACAGCUAAGAACUUGAAUGAAAUCGACCAAUCAAUUUAUGAACAUGACAAGUAUCUGAUGGCUGAGUGGCACAUUUAUGCCUCAGGGCCGAACAAAGAGCCUGGUUCACAGAAAUUCUGGACUGGAGAUGAAACAGCCCAAGAUAGCAAGAAAGGCGCUACAGGUCAAGACAAUUUAAGAAAGCAAUCAACUACGCAACUGAAUUCCAAAAAAAUGCAAAUAAUGGUCUGCUGACGUAUCUUGGUGCGUAGAUGCCACAAGAUAACCAAUACGGAAAAAUAACGCAAGAAGAAGCCAUUAACUUUGCCCGCUUCUUUGUAACUGAGCUGGGCAAUGUAGGCAUACCAUGGUCGAUGAACGUUUUGGAUCGUUACUAUGACACCGAAGAAAGCAGAUGGCUGACAGAGAAA